AUGGCUGCGGUGAUUGAUUUUGUGUCAGAUUCAUCACGCUUCCACCCCCAUACAAUGAUACCCGCUGCAGGGCAUCAUGGUUCUUCAGAGGAUUCACCAUAUCGACAACCUUCCCGGUCGAGAGUCGAGCCUCCACCAAGUCCGAACCCCCACCCCACAUCAGUAGAUGAUGGUACCCCUCCUCCAAGCGCAGAUAUACAAGCCAAAUAUGAUGACUCUCAUGAUGUAGACCACCGCACAAGAGUUAAACCCGAGCCUCAUAUCAAGUCCGAACCUAUCUCUCCUCCUUCGAGUUCCAGUCCAAAUUCAAAUUCACACACGCAACAACAAUUUCAAAGUCAACAAAAUUUCCCUCCAUCUUCGGCGCCUCAUGCACGAGCCGAGCAUUCGCAUACCUUGAGCACCGAUUCUCCUUUAAGGCCUCGAAUGGCAUCUGGGACAUCUGAGCGGACAAUCCCAAGAUCAGCAAAGUCUCUUGAUGAUGUACAGAAUUAUGGUGGUAACACGAUCAAAGUUAGAGAUUUGGCACAUAUCGAAAGUUUCGCCAGCCCAGAAUUCCUUUCAUCUAGAGGCCAAAUCGGAGACUCACGCACAGCAGAUGAGCCUGGAUUAAAAUACGAGAUCAGCGGUAUGCCCAUUACAGAUAUUAUUGAAAUGGUAGCCGGGCUUUUGACCAAAAUCACCACCACAAACGAUCGUCAACAUGAAACUCUACAAAGAUCCAUUCCAUCUGCUGAAAAUACAGCCAAUCUUACUGGACUAUCUUCGAGCGUUCUCGCAUUUCACGGAAAGAAUGUGCCUAGCAUUACCAUUUUGAGUUAUCUAACUAGAAUACACAAAUACUGCCCAACAACAUACGAGGUGUUCUUGAGUUUGUUAGUCUACUUUGAUAGAAUGACGGAGAGAGUUAAUGCGGAACCCAUAAAUGCCAUGCGACAGGAAGCCAUGGAUCUAGAUGGUUCUCGACCUUCGUCUACUUAUUCUGCAGAGGGUUCUGAUUUGGCGGAUACCCCACCAGGAGCUAGAAGCGUUCCUGAGCUCAAAUCCGAGUUUGAAAAUGCUCAAUACUCUCACUCACAAGAUCCUGAACCUGGUUUGGCUCAGUUCCCCCUCUCCCACUUCUUUGUAGUUGACAGUUUUAACAUUCAUCGUUUGGUUAUUGCUGGUGUCACUUGUGCCAGCAAAUUCUUCUCCGAUGUUUUUUACACAAAUUCUAGAUACGCCAAGGUUGGUGGAUUGCCGUUGAAUGAAUUGAACCAUUUGGAGCUUCAAUUUUUAUUAUUAAACGACUUCCGAUUAUCUGUUCCCGUUGAAGUAUUAGAGGCUUAUGGCACAAUGCUUGUGGAUUUUUAUGCUCGAGAGAUUGUUGAUCAAAAACGAGCAAGUGGUAUGACAGAUAUGGCAUAUAAACAAGAAACAGCAUCUUGA